AUGAUCUAUAAUGUCUCGAACAAUUUUCAUCUUUACAGUAUCUCCUGUCUCACUGAGAAAGCCUCCAAAACCAUCGAAAAUUCCAUGAACGAAACAAUCUCUCUCUUUGGUGUAAACCUGAUCAGAAACGAAGAAAAACUCAACUCCCGAGAAGGAAAAUCCCUCCAAGGUUUCAACAGAGUCCUCAAAGCUAUUUCGAACUUCCUAGACACACACACAUUCUCCAUAGAUUUAACCGAACCAAGGUCCCUAUCCAGCGAAGGAGGUACCCCCAAAAAAGGCGGAGGAGGAGGAUUUUUCAACAUGAACACCAAGGCCCUGAGAAGAGAGAAGAAGUACUACCAGUACGCCUUCAUGGUGUUGCUGGGCAUCUUUGGGCUGACAGGUCCCUUAGUCAUGCAGGUUCUCGGCAUAAUGGCCGCCAAAUCUCUUCUAGCAGCCAAGACGGCCUUGAUAAUUGUGGGAGGCGUGGCCUUGAAGAAAAUUUUCGAACACGGUGGGGACAAGUCUCCCAAGGUGAAGAUCACUACGUUGCCAUUGCAUCAGGAUAAGUAUGAGAGCGAGGAGGACCAUGACAGAUGGGGGCAUGGUUUCAACCACAUACCUUAUGGGUAUGGGUAUGAGGGGAAUAAUCCUUAUUCGGCUUAUAGCACCAUGAACGAGAAGGCCGACUAUGCCCCUGUCAUCUAUGGGAUUAAUCAGAAAACGAAAGUUCUCAAUUCGAGGUAG